GUUCGAGCGCAAUGGAAGUGCCACCGUGGCCUUAAAAAGACAAACCUCCCAUACUCUCUAUCCCAGCGUAUCUGUGCUUGAUCUGUUUCUUGCUUUCAAAAACGGCGUGUGUUGAAAUGUAAAUACACACCAUCACGCUGUCGGUAUACAUGUAUCGGAGGAGUGUGUUUUAGCGCAAGUCUUCAAUCUGGAUCACCGCAGAAGGAGCAGCAGAGGGAAGAGAGAGGAGAUCUCCCGAGCAAAACUCCUCCUGUCCAAAAACAACAUGUUCUCCAAAUUCACCUCCAUCCUACAGCACGCUGUCGAGGCGCUUGCGCCGUCUCUGCCAUUGCAAGAAGAUUUUGUCUAUCAUUGGAAGGCCAUCACACAUUAUUACAUAGAAACCUCAGAUGACAAAGCCCCAGUGACAGACACCAACAUUCCCUCCCACCUGGAGCAGAUGCUGGAUAUUCUGACCCAGGAGGAGAGGGAGAGAGAGUCGGGAGAGACAGGACCCUGUAUGGAAUAUCUUCUCCACCACAAGAUCCUGGAGACACUCUACACCCUGGGCAAAGCAGAUUGUCCUCCUGGAAUGAAACAGCAAGUUUUGUGUUUCUACACCAAGCUCUUGGGUCGAAUUCGUCAACCUCUCCUGCCUCACAUCAAUGUGCACAGACCUGUACAGAAACUGGUCCGUCUGUGCGGGGAGGUUCUGGCUGCUCCUACAGAGAAUGAAGAGAUUCAGUUUCUGUGUACUGUUUGUGCCAAACUUAAGCAGGACCCAUACCUUGUCAACUUCUUCCUGGAAAAUAAGAAUAAACGAUUAGAAGCAGGUAAGGAAGCUGGAACUGACCUGGUGAAAGAUGAUCCAACUUCUCCAGAUACAGGACAGAAUCAAAACCAAAAUCCUAUUCUGGAAGAUUCAGUCAGUCAAGCCACCAUCCCAGUAGAAGCAAGUCCGUCCUCUGUCCACAAAACACUGCCUAACAAUGACAACUAUAACCUAGUCAGCUCUCUUCUGAACCUCACUAAGAGUCCAGAUGGUCGUAUCGUGGUGAAGGCAUGUGAAGGUCUGAUGCUGAUAGUCAGUUUGCCGGAACCGGCUGCAGCCAAAUGUCUAACAGAAAACACAGAGCUCAGUCAGCUGCUCACCGAUCGACUGGCACAGUUUUACCGGGCCCUUCCCCAGUCCAUGGACCCUCUGGAUAUCGAAACUGUGGAGUCUGUAAACUGGGGGCUGGAUGUGUAUAACCUAAAAGAAGAUGCUGCUGCUUUUGCUGGCAAGCGUGCACUUAUUUCCUUCUUAUCGUGGCUGGACUAUUGUGAUCAGCUCAUCAAAGAGGCUCAUAAGACAGCUGCUGCAGUUUUGGCUCGGGCUGUAAGAGAGCGGUUCUUUGUUGCUGUGAUGGAACCUCAGCUAAUGCAAACGUCAGAGGUUGGCAUUUUAACUUCUACAGCCCUGUUGAACCGGAUCAUCAGACAGGUGACAUCAGAAGCCCUUCUUCAAGAGACCAUUUACUUCCUGUUGGGAGAGGAAACAGGACCAGAGACACUUGCUGGCAUUACCCAGCAUCCCCUGAGACACAGACUCAUAGAACAUUGUGAUCACUUGUCAGAUGAGAUAAGUAUCAUGACCCUACGGCUCUUUGAGCAUCUGCUCCAGAAGCCAUGUCAGCACAUUCUUCAAAACCUGGUGCUGCGCUGCUUGGAAGAAAGAAACUACAGCGAGAACAAACAGCAGGAGGAGCGAGAGGAGCGCGAGCACAUGGAGAACGGCCAACCGCAUGACGCCGUAGAUCUGGAGGAAGAUCCACUGUUCUCAGAUCUUUCUCCUGAUAAUAGACUCUCCAGCCCUGAUUGGUUAAGUUGUUCACCACCAGCAAGCACGGAACACACAAAGCCUGAUGGGAAGACGGAGGUGCACAAAAUAGUUAACAGCUUCCUAUGUUUGGUGCCUGAUGAGGCAAAGUCAUCGUAUCAGGUGGAGGGCACCGGUUAUGACACCUACCUGAGGGAUGCACACAGACAGUUCCGGGACUACUGUGGAGUUUGUCAGAAGUGGGACUGGCGUAGCACCCCAAAACCCUUUGAGAAGUGUAAUCUUGAAAGUCCUUUUUUUGAAGGACAUUUCCUCAUGCUGUUUGACAGAAUGGGCCGAAUUCUUGAUCAGCCGUAUGAUGUGAAUCUGCAGGUGACGUCGGUGUUGUCUAAGCUGUCUCUUUUGCCUCAUGCUCAUCUUCAUGAGUAUCUGCUGGACCCGUACAUUAACCUGGCGCCAGGCUGCAGGUCGCUCUUCUCAGUCAUCGUCAGGGUGGUUGGAGAUUUGAUGCUGCGAACUCAUCGCAUCCCGGAAUUUACUCCUAAACUUCUGCUAGUGAGGAAGAGACUUCUGGGACUAGAGCCAGAGGGGAUGAGUGUCGAUCAUAUGACUUUGCUGGAGGGCGUCAUUGUUUUGGAGGAGUUCUGCAAAGAGCUCGCAGCGAUUGCGUUUGUGAAGUUUCAUGCGUCUGCCUCCACCUCGCCAUGAGCCGCACAACACUGUAUUCUGGACACAAACAGACGAAUAAACAGACAAAAGGAGGUGGAUGACAGAACGACAAACCCAACGGCACUCAUCCAGACUGAUGCCUGCGGGGCAAUCACAUUCAAGGAUGCUUCAUUCGUGUUUUCUCUGGGAUGUUUCAGUAGCUAUGACUGAGAAUGCUGUUCUCUAAAGGCACCAGAGUGGAGAAGUUAAUAACAGGAUGAGUGAAUUAUAACUCAUUGAACAGCCCAUGUAGAGCACGGAGAGAGGAUUUAGUUAUAUAUAAUUAUAUAUAUAUUUAAAACUCCAUGAAUACAGAAGGGUAAUGCCACACAAAUUAGAUCUAAAUGUGAGAAAUUUGAUUCAAUUAAUGAAAGAAAAAAGUCAAGACAUGUUAAGUUAAAUAUUUAAUUAAUGAAUAUCGUUUUUCAUUCGCAUUAUCAAAGAUACUUUAAUCUGCCGUUCUUCUUCUGCUGAGGAAAACAAGAGUGCUAACAUCAAACGAAACACAAAUUAUAACAACUCAGGACUCAAAGCUGUUUUUAAAUAAUUGGAGAAUCAGAAAACAAGCCAAGUUUUUAAAACCAAAAUCCUCUCUCGUUUUUCUUUUCUUUGGUGUUUUAUUUUUAAACUGAACCGAAUGCGAUGCGGACUGGAUUGAUUUGAGACUGCGCACAUUUGCACUCAAACCGGUUUCCACUGGUGCAGAGAGCUGUUUGAACUUCAUGAUCCCGACAGUGUUUCCAAACCAUUUUAGUUGUUUAACUUGACAUAUGUUAUGUGUGUGUGUGUGUGUGUGCCUUGGUCUCAGCUAGAUGGUAGCUGUUUCCUUGAUAUUGUAUCAUCAUGUAUUUAUUACUGAUUUAUUAUUGAAAAAUAGUUUUAAAGGAAUAGUUCGCCUUAAAUUUAACUUCAUUUUCGUCUGUGAAAGAGACGAAUGUCCUGGUCGCUCUUUUUCAUGCAAUACGGAUGAAUGCAAAUGGACACAAAAAGCACCUUACAUUUUGUGCACUUUAUUCUAAGUCUAUUGGAUGAUUUUAAAGGAACACUUCGCUGCUUAUUAUUAUUAUUAUUAUAAUUAUUAUUAUUAUUAUUAUUUAAAUAGGAUCAUUUUACAUAUCACCUAGAGUUAAGCAGUUGAGUUUUGAAUCCAUUCAGUCCAUUUCUGGAUCUGACGGGAGCGCUUUUAGCUUAGCUUAGCAUAGUUCUUGGAAUCGGAUUAGACCGUUAGCAUCUCUCCCAAAAAUGGCCGAAGAGAUUUGAUAAUUUUCCUAUUUAAAGCUUGAAUUUUCUGUAAUUUCACUGCAACACUGACAAAAUGAACUGUUGCUAUAUUUUAGGUCAUUAUGACUAGGAACUAUACUAUCAGCAAUGUUUAUUUAUUCAUUACGCCGGAAUGAAAGCUAUAUCAGCCUAGAAAAUAGCAAUUUUUCAUAUUCUGUCCAAGUCCACAAUGUAACUUCAGAAGAGUCCAUCUUAGAAUAGGAAAGUUAUCAAAUCUUUGUCGUGUAAGCAAGAUGCUAAUGGUCUAAUCUGAUUCAAUGAUCUAUGCUAAGCUAAGCUAAAAGUUCUCCUGUUAGAUCUAGAGAUCGGCUGAAUGGAUUCAGAAAUGGUAAAACUCAACUGUUUAACUUCAGGGGAGUUGUAAAAGGAGCCUAUUUUUUAACUUCUUUUUUUUAGCUUAGUUUAGCAUAGAUCUUGGAAUCGGAUCAUACCAUUAGCAUCUCUCCCAAAAUGGCCAAAGAGACUUGGUCAUUUUCCUAUUUAAAGCUUGAUUUUUCUGUAAUUUGAUUGCAACACUUGCAUAAAACUGUUGCUUUUUUUAUAGAUCAUUAUGGCUUAGAACUAGACUCGCAGCAAUGUUUUUUUGAUUUAUUACGCCGGAAUGAAAGUAUAGUUUCUAGCUAUAGCAACCUAGAAAAGAGCAACUUUUCAUAUUCUGUCUGUCCAUGUACACAAUAUAAUUUCAGAAGAGUCAAGCUUUAAAUGAUCAAAACUCUUUGUCAUUUAAGUGAGAUGCUAAUGGUUUAAUCUGAUUCAAUAAUCUAUGCUAAGCUAAGCUAAAAGUGCUCCUGUCAGACAUGAAGAUUGGCUGAAGUGAUUAAAAAACAGUAAAACUCAACUGUUUAACUCUAGGGGAGUUGUAAAAGGAGCCUAUUUGUUUUAACCCUUUUAAGCUUAGCAUAGAUCAUGGACUCGGAUUAGACCAUUAGCAUCUCGCCUGAAAAUGACCAAAGAGUUUGGAUAAUUUUUUUACUUAAAGCUCGAAUUUUCUGUAAUUACAUUGCAACACUGACUUUAAAUGAACUGUUGUUAUUUUUUAGAUCAUUAUGACUAGGAACUAUACUUUCAGUAGUGUUCCUUGAUUUUUAACACCAAAAUGAAAGUAGAGUUUCUAACUAUAUCAGCCUAGAAAAUAGCAACUUUUCAUAUUCUGUCGGUCCAAGUAGGAAAGUUAUCAAAUCUCUGUCAUUUAGGUGAGAUGCUAAUGGUCUAAUCCAGGCAUGGGCAAACUCGGUCCUCGAGGGCCGGUGUCCCUGCAGACUUUUGCUCCAACACUAAUCAAACACACCUGAACACCCUAAUUAGUGUCUUCAAGAUCAAUAGAAAGCUACAAGCAGGUGUGUUUGAUUAGGGUUGGUGCAAAACUAUGCAGGGACACCGGCCCUCCAGGAUCCAGUUUGCCCAUCCCUGGUCUAAUCUGAUUCAAUGAUCUAUGCUAAGCUAAGCUAAAAGUGGUCUUGUCAGACGCGGAGAUUGACUAAAUGGAUACAUAAAUGGUAAAACUCAACUGUUUAACUCUGUUGUUCAACAAACAAAGUGGAGUGUUCCUUUAAAGGACUUGGAAUAUAAUGCACAGAUCUCUUUUGUGGUGUUUGGUAGUUAAAAUUCCCAUUUUUCUAUGGAAAAGAAAAUGUUUUGUUUUAUUUUUUGCAUGAAAUAUUCCUUUUAAAGCUCAGAAAUGAUCAUCUAGGUUAGUUUAUCUGCUUCCUUACAGGGGAUAUCGUUAUACAAUUGCAUUUUGUGUCAGUAUGGAAUUAUACCAGCAAUAGUGUUAUUCAUCAGGCUGAAUCUUCAUCUGCUCUUCGUAAAGGACACGCUGUGCUAAAUGCACACAGUGUACAUUUGGCAAAGAAAGGGCACAGCUUGAAACGGGGGUUGGGAUUUUCAUUUUAAUUUCAGAGAGAUUGCUUCCAGGGCCUUUUUCAAAAUGCAUUGUGGCUUGGUCUUUACAGGGUUCAGAUUUCUGUAUGUCAAACGUUACCUUGCAUUCUCCAUCCAUAAAAGUAUAUUUAAAAGGGAUCGUUCACCCAUAAAUGAAACUUUCUCACGAUUUACUCUGCCUCAAGUGGAUUAAAACCUUUGCACAAAAGAAGCUAAUUAGUAAAAUGUUGGAAAUUUGCAACUUUUGACUCUCAUAGUUGGAUAAACAAACACUAUGGGAGUCAACGUGUUUCUGUCUCUAAAUAUAUUCCUUCAUAUAUGACGGAAGAAAAAAACCCAAACAGGUUUGUGAUAGAAAAAAAAUAUGGCAAAAUUUUCAGAUUUGGGUUAACUAUCCCUUCAAAGCCGGCAUUGUGUAACCAUUUGUGUUUAUUUUCAAGAAUUGCACACUAGUGUCUGUUUAUCCAUUUUACAUGUGGGGAAAACCUAAAUGUCUGUCUUUUUAAUUGUAUUUCUUUGACAACCAAAGGAUUUAUCAUCAUAGAGGAUGCAUGGAUGUUUCGUAGAGAAAAACAAUGCGUCUUUUUUAUGUUUUUCUUGAUCAUGCACAUUUUAUACCAAUAACGAUGUGUAUAUAUAUGUAUAUAUACAUACAAAUGUACAGUAAAAACAGUAGUGAUGUCUGGUGUGAAAUGCAUGCGAGGUCAUAUUUGUUGAUAUGCAGCAGAAGAAAGCAAAUAUCAAUCCAAUCUGCCCUUAAGUUUAAGUUUUUUGCUUAUUAUUUAUGGGGAAAUUUGUGAUGCCUUAUUUUAAAUUGGUUACACUUAUUAACCUCAUGAUUUUGAUUUAUACGCUUAAGAAAAAAGUUUAAUGGUUCAUUUUAUUUUUAAAGAAGGCUUGUAAAGUUAUGGAAAAUAUUCUGCUCUUUCUCUUUGUUUAAUUUUUCUAAGUGUGUAAUUCAUCUGCUUUGACCCUAUCACUGUUCUGCUUUACUACUUUAUACCCAUUAUUCAUACAGAUGUAGCUCUUUCAGCUGUCCGGAGGAAUCUAUUGUUGAAUCCACUGCCAUGGUGUCACUGUGCGACACUUUUUAGACCAAGUCUUUCAUGGGGUAUCAUUUUAGGGAUGAAAUGUCAUGUGAUGUCAGUUGCUCGAUUCUGCUGGGCCAGUUAAUCUCUCUGAGGUUUGUUGUGUCCUUUGACUUUCUUUACUUCAUUUCACUCCGUCCCAAUUAAAACCUUUGCUUUCUUCA